GAGAACAGUAUAAGCCAUCCUUCUCUUGCCAGUGACAUGCAAAGCUUGUGUGGAGUGAGUUCUUCAAUCGGGCAACUGAUUGGGUACACUAUCAGUGGAUUUUUGGUUCAUCUAAUUGCAUCUAAGGGAGUACCAUAUGGAAAGAGGUUAAGAGAUGCACGAGAAGAUUCUAGGUGGUAUUUGCUUAUGCCUUUUAUAUUACUAGAAGCUCCAUUGUCAGGAUUCAAAGGUGAACAUGGAGUUUGUGGAGGGUUCCCAUAAAACUCUAAAUGGAUGAGCUGCUUAAAUAAGAUGUCUGGUGGACCCUGGGUUUAUGGCAUGUUUUUUUGUCUCCUUAAUUCACAUUGCUUAAGAAACGGCAGAUUUGCUACAGGACUUGCAUUUGGAUUCCGAGAAUAAGUCCCUUCAAGCUCGUGACUCAUCAAAGCAGGUUUCAUCUGUUCAAUAUGCACCUGUUGAACCUGGCACCAUGGCGAAUGGAAUGAACAAGCCAUUUGAGAGACCAACAACCCCUUCAAUCAGGAUUUCACAGGGCCAAGCAUGUUUUACAGCCCAAACGGAUACACAUCUCCAACAUACCCUUCUUAAAACUAUUAUGGAGGUUAUGAUGGAUCAUCAGGCAAUGAGUGGGAUGGAUUUGCAAGCGCCGAUGGAGUUGAAAUGCCUCAAUGAUGCAGGAAGAGUGUGCCUACACCAUUUAAAGUUCCAAGUGGCAGUUUUCCCCACUCAGUUGAAAUGAUCUGUAGGGACAAUAGCUCCCGUGAUGAGAUUUACAGCUAAAUCUGCAGUCAAGAGUUUCCGCGAUGCGAAUAGUAUCAAAUGAUAGUUUGGUAGUGAAAAGUUCAGCACUAGAGCCCUCUCAUCUCAUAUUGCCAUUGUCGAGGAAUCUGAGGACACUUCACCUUCAACUGAAAUUACAGCGAGCGAGGAUUGUUUGGAGAAUACUGGUCACCUUCUAACUGUUGAAGUUGACGAAAUUCAAUCUUUGUCACAUGCAGAACUAUCACAAGGUUGCAUAUGCCCAAAUAGUGAAGGUGUUAAUUAUGCGCUUAGUUAUAUGUAGACCCAUUCUGGAAGAUAUAUUUGCCAACGAUAAAAAGUUUUUUUUCGAC